AUGGCUCAAAAAAUCAAUAUCACAAAGAAAGAAUUUGAAUCAAUCUUUGAUGCGAAAUUGAAGCCAAUUAAUGACUCUAACCAUGAGAUGAUCGAUUCUGUGAAAUUCUUAAAUUUAUGCUUUGAAGAAAUUAAACAAAAGGUUGAAAAUUUGGAGUCCAGCUUGCAAAAUGUCAUAAAGGAAAAUCAUUCUUUAAAACAAGAAACGACGAGACUUUGUAGUGAGAAUGCAAAACUUUCGAAUCUUGUUAAAGAUUUAUCUAAAGAACUUAAUGAUGUCCAGCAAUAUGAACGUAGAGAUUGCUGUGAAAUAACCGGUAUUCCUGUCGAACAAAAUGAAGUUACUAAUAACUUAGUCAUUAGAGUUGGCUCUUUAAUGGACCUAAAACUGGAUGCGGAAGAUAUUUCUGUUUCUCAUCGCUUGCCUAAUUUAAACUCCGAUACACCUUCCAAACUCACGUCACCCAGUUUAAACCGUUCAAUCGCGACUCGCCCAUCACUUCGACACGUCCCGCACUCAAAAUCAGUUACUCUUGUCAAUGCACCACGGACACCUGAACAUCUUCCAUGAACCCACUUACUGCAUUUCCCACACAUUAUCGAAUUCACUCCAACUCUUUUCCCACACACACCACAUGGCCAUUUAUCACUGUCCUUCACCUCCACCUGCCUCGAGCAUCUCAUGCCCUUC